AUGUCACUUGUUGAUGGCAUUCAAUCUACAUCGACGCCCGAAAUUGCGGAUAUCGCCGAAUUCAAAGCCUGGUCAAAGCAGAUUCUGAUUCAAUCUGCAGAGGACACCACAGGGACUUUGAAGAUGUCAAAAGCAGAUGCCAUAAGUCUCGCCAAUGUCGUUACAAUAUGGGAGGGGAAGGAUACUGAGAGAAUCACUUUCGCCAACAGCUUUCCGAGGGAGAUUGACAGCAUAGGAUCCAAAGAACGGGAUUCUGUGUCUUCUAAGCUAUCUCGCGAGGCACGUGUGCUUAUUUGCAUGAGAGUAUACGCUGACAUCUGGGAGACAUUUGCGUUCGAGCCACCCCCAAAGACUCCUUCACCUAGCACUAAUGCAGUUCAAAGCAUCAACCAAGACCCACCUCGAGCAGUAUCACCCACACCAGCUGCGGGCCAUCUUCUAGAUGGACAUGACCUUGCAAUCUUGCUCGAACGUACAAUUUCUCUUGGCGUCCUCACUGAAGCAGAGACGAAAGGUCGUAUGCGCACGACCGUUACCACCGCUGACCGCGCUACUUGUGAUCAUGCGCUCCUGCCAGACUGCAAUGAAGCAUCCGAAGAGGAUAAGAAGCUCGUGACUGCCAUGCUUCUACUCUUUAUCCUCGGCCGUGUUGGCACCGAGCCCAUCACCGAAUUCCACUGGUCUCAGCCGAAGGGUGGUUGCCGUCCCACAUGCUCUGAUUGUUCACGGGUCAAUGACUUCCUCGCCGAUCCCGCUCAUAGAGUUGGCCAAUUUCCCAUGGGCAAAGCUCGGCGUCAUCACGUGCAUACCUAUUACACAGAUAACGCUGGCAAAAACUACACUGUGACGACCCUCCGGAACCCGAAUCCCAAUGUACUGCAGAUUACCAAGAAUAAGAGCAAAGCUGAGACCGUGCACGGCAGCUGGAAGCAAAGGAAAGCAGAGGCUAAGAAGAUGAUCGCGGAGCUUGCGAGUGCCCCUUCCUUUCAUCUUUAUGUUGAAGAGACAGUGCCCGCACCGAUCCUCGCUGUCGAAGCGGCGAAGCUUGUGGCCCUGGAGAGACCACCUUUACUUGCGGCUGAUGUCAAUCGUCCUCCUGCCACUGGCUCGAAGAGAGCUGCUCCAGCCGAUUCAGACGAAGAGGAGGUCUCAAAGAUGAUGAUGACAGACGCACAGCCUGCACCCAAAUUUGUGCGGACGAGACGUGGGCCUAUAGAGGUCAUCGGCCUCACUUGA